CAAGCAGAAACGCUUAGUUGAUUGAUUCUUUGGACAGCGGACGGUGAAGGUUACCUGCUUCAACAGUGCUUGAACGGCAACCUUUUAACUGUCUUUCAACAUCACAAGACGGCAAGAUUAACUUAGAUUUCCACCGAUAACGUCAAUAUAUUUUAAACUCAAUCAAGACAUUAGCUAAGUGAGUUGUCCUAAACCACGCGUAGCUCAGAAGCUAACCGUUUGUUUGGCUAACAACGCAAACACUACGACAGCUGCGACUUCUUCAAAAGACCACCUGCCACUGAGAUAAGAACCAUGAGUUCCCAGAUAAGACAAAACUUCCACCAAGACUGCGAGGCUGCAAUCAACAGGCAGAUCAACCUUGAGCUGUAUGCCUCUUACGUCUACUUGUCAAUGGCUUAUUACUUUGACCGGGAUGACCAGGCAUUGCACAACUUUGCCAAGUUCUUCCGUGGCCAGUCGCACGAGGAGCGUGAGCACGCAGAGAAGCUAAUGAAACUGCAGAACCAGAGGGGGGGGAGGAUCUUCCUACAAGAUAUCAGGAAGCCAGAUAGGGAUGAGUGGGGGAGUGGUAUCGAGGCUCUCGAAUGUGCCCUGCAACUUGAGAAGAGUGUGAACCAGUCACUGCUGGACUUGCACAAGCUCUGCUCUGAUCACAAUGACCCACAUAUGUGUGAUUUCAUUGAGACCCACUACCUUGACGAGCAGGUCAAGUCCAUCAAAGAGCUGGCAGACUGGGUGACCAACCUGCGCCGGAUGGGUGCUCCUCAGAACGGGAUGGCCGAAUACCUGUUCGACAAACACACUCUGGGCAAAGAAAGCAGCUAAAUCCGUCCAGAUCCUUCUUGCAAAAGCUUCCUUAUUUGUGUAUUUGUAUCCUGCUUUGUUUUGACAAUAUCAAGUCUUGUGUAUGAUACUGGCUAGUCAUCUAAGCUUUAUGGUAUUAAUGUUAUUUAGUAUUUACUUCACAUUACGCUUCUAUAGAUUCUUGUGAGUCGUUACAUCUAAAACUCUUUCCGCUUCUCAGUUUUGCUCAUGCCAUCACCAUAUAUUUGCUGUUUUAUGCCAGGAAUUGUUAAUCAGACCAAAUAAAUCAAACCCUCUGGAUUCUGA